UGUGUGUGUCAGGGUUGGGCUGGGUGGCUUAGUCAGGGCGUCCGUCAAGGGAGGAAGUUGCUGCCAGUCGCGUCUGACCCUCUCCACUGCCACCAAACACCGCCGCUCCGUCACCUACCCUACCCCUGAAGCUGUGUAUACGUACCACCUUUACCUCCACAACAUCGUCCAGAUGGUGAGGACACUGGCAGUGGUGGUGGAUGGCACUACGGAGGCGGGACUACAGGCCGGUGCCACGAGGGUACUGGCGUAUCUUCGUCCACACUGGCAACACCACAACCUACACUUCAAGACCUACACGUCGGGGGUGACCAAUACCCUGGUGGGGGUGUCGUACGGCCGGGAGGGCGAGCAGGUACUGGUCAGAGUCUACGGCCACAAUACACACCUGUUCAUCGACAGAGUGCAGGAGAUCAACACCCUCAAGGUAGUGCAUAAGGCGGGUUGUGGGCCAGAAGUAUUCGCUGCCUUCACCAACGGCCUCUGUUACGCCUAUACCCCCGGGGUUCCUCUAACCUUCAGGGACGUCACCAAGGAACCCGUGUGGCGUGGAGUGACCAGACAGGCAGCCAGGUUCCACAAGAUACAGGCUGGUGAUAAGCAGAAGGCCAUACUCUUUCCGAAGCUUCGCCAAUUGCUCGCUCUGCUUCCUGACACUUUCACCGACCCUAAGAUGCAACACAGGGUGGAGGCUGAAGGCUGCACCAGGGAACAACUCGUGAGGAUGACAGAGGAGUUGGAGGACCACCUUGUGCCCCUCUCCUGCCCCGUCGUCUUCUGCCACAACGACUUGGUCAUGAGGAACAUCAUCUGGGACCAGGACUCUGCCUCAGCCACCUUCAUCGACUAUGAAUACGCUUCUCACAACUACCAACCUUAUGAUAUCGCUAACCAUUUUAAUGAAUAUUCUGGGGUCGAGGAGCAAGAUUACAGCCUGUUCCCGAGUCUUGCUGUACAGAGGGCGUGGCUAAAGAGCUACUUGGCGCAUUACCACGGGCUGCCAGAAGAUCAGGUCACGUCCCAGGAGGUGGAGAUGUGGUUAGGCUGGGUCACCAAGUUCACCCUGGCUUCUCAUCUCUUCUGGGUUAUGUGGGCUUUCCUCCAGGCUUGUCACUCCUCCAUAGACUUCGACUAUAUACAGUAUGGCAUCGUGCGGCUGGCAGAGUACAAGAAGAAGAAGCAGGAAGUGUUUGAAGUUGUCGUACAGCCCUACUGCCCUCCUUCCCCGCCAGCCACCAUCAACAACAACAUCCCAACAAACAUGUAAUAGGAAGAAGGUGCAGUACGUAGUGUGUUUGGCUAAGGUCACGUCUCUAUAAGAUCGUCAAAAGUCAUCCUGAGUCCUCACAUACAACACUCCGACAAGGAUUAAGGUUCCUCCUAUCAACGCUGUCCCACAACACUGCUCCUCGAGUCCUCCUGGUCGUCCUCCAACAUACCGAAGAAAUGUGGCAUAACUACUAAACUAUGACGACGGUGGAAUUGCUUCUCAUAACCUGACAAACUGACAUAAAAAAAACCAACAGGUCCUAUGAGACGCUCUCUUUCCAGACAGAUAAUAGGUAAACACCCAAGUCCUUUACCCCAGAACCUUACGGGAGUUUGUGUGUCUUGAGAAUGUGUUAUGGAAAACCGACCAACAUCUCCCAACUUCAGCCUUACCCAAUCACAUGUUGCAGAAGUAAAAUCACAAAGUAGAAGCAUUAAAAAAAUAAAUCACGUUGUUGCAUAAGAAAAAAAUAAAUCACUUUGUUGCA